AUGGACGGACAGCAGGUCGCUCGGGGCAGUGCGGAAGGAGGGACGACUCGAGCUGGCUUGCAAGACCUCGGCAUGCUCAUCCAGUCUGAAGGGCAGCAGCGGGCGAGGACGGGCAGGCUACCAGCGUGGAGGCUCAAGUUGAUGCGGGAACGCGGAGGCAAGGUCGCGCGCGGCGGGGACGGCGUGAGGAGGGUACUCGGUGAGGAGGGGCAGGCGCAUGCGAACGCAGCGGAUGACGAGGUUGGGGAGAGCAGGCCCGUUGCUGGCGAGACUGGGCAGGGCGCACGAGACGAAUGUGUUGAGGCGCUUAUGAGGAGCGCGGCGCCUUCGGACGAUGCGGUAGCGGAGGAAGACGUCCCGCUUCCCUCCGGCUUCGAGGCCAUCCCUCACUCUUCUCGCCAUUCAUACGGCGACUUUAGCUCCGCCAGCUCGACUGCCUCGUCCUCUACAUCCCACUCGGGCUUCUCGUCCAACUCGGCGUCGUCCGCGACGAGUCUCAGCUCGGCGACGACGUUCUCGGCGGCGGGGUGGGGCGGUCAAGGGUGUUCGCCCCUCGCGCUGCCGUCGUUUGGGUCGGUCGCGAAGGAGGCGCAUGGAGCGUUUGGCGAGCGACGCAGCCCGUCGAGCGGUCCGAGGGGGAUGGACUUUGCGGCGUGUCCUGCGCUGGACGACGCGACCGUCUCGCUUUCGUCGCUCGCGUUCGCACCGCCCGCGCGAGAAGAAGACGACCAGACGCCGCUGUCGGGCCCGUCAUCCUUCGGCGAAUCGACCAUCUCCCUUCUCACCGACACAACCACCACAACCACCGACUCGACCCUGCACACACGGAGACGACCCUCGCGCGCUCCUUCGCCCGCCUCAACAGACGCAGGCGACGGCUUCCUCUGCCCGCCCGACAAUUUCUCGAUGGUUUCGCCGAAACUGUACCGCUCGUCGUUCCCCAAGAAGAGCAACUUUGCGUUCUUGCGCAGCCUCGGGUUGAAGAGCGUCAUGGUGCUGGUGCAAGAAUCGUAUCCGGAGGAGAACUUGGAGUUCUUGCGGUCCGAGGGGAUUCAAUUCUUCCAGUUCGGCAUACCAGGCAACAAGGAGCCGUUCGUGUCGAUCCCGGACGACAAGGUCGUCGACGCGCUCUCGGUCAUCCUCGACGUGCGCAACCAUCCGAUGCUCAUCCACUGCAACAAGGGCAAGCACCGAACAGGCUGCGUCGUCGGCUGCCUCCGUCGGCUGCAGACUUGGUCGCUCACGUCCAUCUUCGAAGAGUACCGCCGGUUCAGCCAUCCCAAGUCGCGCGCACUCGAUCUACAGUUCAUUGAGGCGUUUGGCGGGCUGCAGAAGGUGUGGAACACGAUUGACCGCGACCAUUUGCCGGCCUGGGCGACCCUCGAUCCUCCGCCUCUUCCCGCCGCUCCGCCUCCACCGCCCGUCGACGCAGAUGACACUUCUCCUCCGUGA